AAUGCAAGAAGAUACAUCAGAUGGAACUAUUUUGAUAAGACCCAAGUUGCUGAUAGUUUCCCUGGGUUUACCAGCUAAAGCAAUAGUUUCAAAUAUGAAGCAGUUCAAUGGGAAAUCAAGUUGCAGUUUAUGCCUUGACAAAGGAACACAACGUCCUGAUCAUCCUAUGCUGAGAUUUAACCUAUUUAAUACAGAUUCAGGUAUUAGAACACACCAGUCCAUGGUGAAUGAUGCAAUGUUGCUUGGUGUAACCAAAGCUCGAAUGAAAUUAUGGAGUGAUGCCAAAAAAAAAGACAGACGUUUUUUCGUUGGAAACCAGAUUACCUUACUUGACAAAAGAUUUCUAAAGAUAAAAAUACCUGACUUUGUGUCAAUAGCAGAUCCUACAAACUGGAAAGAUGUUGCAUCAAAAUUACCUGUGAAAGAGAAGUCUAAAAUAGUAACAUUUUCUGCAGUUAGUCUUGUUGAAGGUAUUAUGUCAGAAGUACCUAUGUUUACUGUAAUGGAUGAAACUGAAAAAGAGACUAAAUUAAAAAAAGUCAAUGAUGAUGAAAAACCUGAUAUCCAUGAAGAAAUUUCUGUCAACAGCAGCUCUUUUUCCUCUGAAGCCAAUGAAAUGAAUGAUUCUCUGCCUUUGUUAAUCAAUUGCUUUGUAGAUUCUUUGUCAAUCAAUGACUCUGUAGAGCCUUUGUCAGUCAACGAUUUUGUAGAUCCUUUGUUAAUCAAUGACUCAGUAGAGCAUUUGUCAAUCAAUGACUCAGUAGAGCCUUUGCCAAUCAUUGACUCAGUAGUUUCUUUGUCAAAUUAUGAAUCAGUAGAGCCUUUGUCAAUCAAUGACUUUGUAGAGCCUUUGUUAAUCGACGACUUUGAAGAAAAUCAAGACGGUGGUUUUACUACAAAUGGUAAUAUUUUACAGUUAUGUACCGAAACAUCUAUCCGCAGGGUGUUAGAGGUAGAUUCUAAUGUUUCACAAAUUGGUCAUUGCACAGGUCAGUCUGAUAAGAAUUCUAUCAGAGACAACAAGGUAUGGUCGAAUCCUGAUUAUCACAUAAUGCCAGUUACAAAGAAUGGUGACGUAUACAGUUCAGAUAAAUUAUCACAAGGCUAUGACAGUAACAAGAGUGAAAAGAGCAACAUAUCAGCUAUUAGUUCCGGAUGCUGUAGUACAAACAGUUAUCAACAGGGUGUACAGAUUUGUCGCUGUGGAUUUACUGUUUCAGCACAUAAAUAUAGCACAGAGCUAAGUAAGCAUCCAAAAAGUUCAUCAUUUUCAGAUGAUUUUUUACCCUUUCACAUACAUUUUGAAGAGUCUAUGUUUUCAAGCAAGGGUGUGAUAGAUCUACAGAAAGAGCAAGCAAACAAAUCAAUAAAUAUAAAAUAUUCUGAUGGAGAAGAAUAUUUAAAGAAAUGUAGAAAACAUCAUGAAAUUGCUAAGAUAGUAAAAACCACUUUGAUUGAAUUAGUGAGGAAAAGGGUAACUAAAAUAAAUCCGGCAUUACAAUGCAAUAGAAUGAAUAAAAAGCGAAGGAUAUCAAGAAGAAGACUUCGACGCAUUAUUUUUUCUAAUCGAAUUAAAUCACCAAGGUCUCUUCAAAUACAAGUAAGACCUGUUCAAAAUUCACCUCAGCUAAGAACAACCUCUGAUGAAGUAAACACUAGUCAUUCAAAUCAAAAUGGAACAACGUUGAGUCUACAACAACAAAAUUCAGUUCAAAGUGUAUUAUCAGUACACAAUAUUUCUACUUAUAUCAGACCUGAUGGGUCAUCUGAUUUGGUCUCUGAGUUAUCAUUUACAACGCCUUCUGUGGCAUCUCCAAGUUCUUGGACUAACUACUUCAAUAGGUUGUCGAUGGGAUAUGAGUACAGUCUUGAGGAAAAGAUGCAGUACGAAUGGCUGAGAGUACAAUCUUUCCAGGAUUUUCCAGCUACCUGCCAUACUAGUCCCUUACGUUUAGCUAGAGCUGGUUUCUUCAGUACUGGUAUUAAUGAUGAGGUUAAAUGCUUCAGCUGUGGGGUUAAAUACAAGAACUGGAAGCAAAGGGAUAAUCCUAUUGAAGUUCAUCAUAGAAUAUCAUUAGAUUGUCGGAUGGUAAAUGGUAGAGAAACAACGAAUAUACCAAUUAUUUCAGAAAUAAACGGAGCAGCUGCAGAUAAUCCUCAGCAAGAGUCCAGCCAAAGUCUAUUGACCGAUGAUUUCCUGCCAUCAACAAUACAUCAAAAUGAAGAUCUAAGUAUUCAGACAACUGAAGGUGCCCAAAACAGAUCAUUGAAAAGAGAAGACAUACAAAGCUCCAAUGUUGCAGACACAAAUACUCAGUUAAUAAAUCAAACACUGCAACCUCAGGUAGUACAAGAUGCAAUGAGACAACCAGUAGUUGACAGAGACCAUUCUGUAUUAGAUGGAGAACAGAACAGAACUGAAGAUAAAAGCAAGGCAGAGGAUUUGAGUAUCAGUUUAGAAACACCAAAACAUCAAGCUUAUGCUCAGCUGAAUGACAGGGUCAGUACAUUUCAAGGUUGGCCUGGAUAUUUAGAACAGGCACCAAGAGAUAUGGCACUUGCAGGAUUUUUUUAUGAAGGAUACAAUGAUUAUUGUCGAUGUUUCUUCUGUGGUGGAGGAUUAAGGAACUGGGAAGCUGGAGAUGAUCCUUGGGUAGAACAUGCAAGAUUUGUUAAACAAAACAGAGGUCACAGAUUAGUUGAAAUAAUUACACAGAGACAGGCCGAAAUGCAAGCAUCUAAUAACUCAUCAGAUAUUGCUGAGAAUCAAACAGAAGAGUCAAAUCAAAGUGAAAAUGAAGAUAGAACCCAAAUAAACUCACAAGAAACAUCAGCAACACCAAUGAUCACUCAAUUAGAUUUCCUGCGAUCAACAAUACACCAAAAUGAAGAUCUAAGUAUUCAGACAACUGAAGGUGCCCAAAACAGAUCACUGACAAGAGGAGACAUACAAAGCUCCAAUGUUGCAGACACAAAUUCUCAGUUAAUAAAUCAAACACUGCAACCUCAUGUAGUACAAGAUGCAAUGAGACAACCAGUAGUUGACAGAGACCAUUCUGUAUUAGAUGGAGAACAGAACAGAACUGAAGAUAAAAGCAAGGCAGAGGAUUUGAGUAUCAGUUUAGAAACACCAAAACACCAAGCUUAUGCUCAGCUGAAUGACAGGGUCAGUACAUUUCAAGGUUGGCCUGGAUAUUUAGAACAGGCACCAAGAGAUAUGGCACUUGCAGGAUUUUUUUAUGAAGGAUACAAUGAUUAUUGUCGAUGUUUCUUCUGUGGUGGAGGAUUAAGAAACUGGGAAGCUGGAGAUGAUCCUUGGGUAGAACAUGCAAGAUGGUUUUCAAAAUGUGCAUUUGUUAGACAAAACAGAGGUCACAGAUUUGUUGAAAUAAUUACAAACAGACAGGCUGAAAUGGUAAAUACAAUAAGUUGA